CGCCCCUUCAUCGUCUCUGGGCAAAUUGGCUCCCAGGCAGUAACCUAUGGCUAUAACCCUAUACGGGGGCCUGUAAGGGACAAACCGAUACACAGGAUACUGUGGCUGGGGGCAGUUAGUGGAGUGGGAGGGGUAUGGGCACGCUGUGAAAUGCCCCAGAAAGGGCAAUUAUACUUGCAACUACAUUACUGAGGUGCACAGACGGCUAUUGAACCCCAACUUCUAUACCAGAUACUGACCCCCACAAUGCUCUCUAGGAAAGAGCUCCCAGCCCCCCACAAUCUGUUGGUACCAGAGACACCCAAGAUGGGGUCUCGCUAUGCACUAUACACACAGCAGGGGGGGGCCAUAGUAUCGGGGGGCAUCGCUCUGACUGGGGGCACAUCAGGCUGGGGGGAGCGGAGCUUGAAACCUGCAGGAGGGGCCACAAGGGGCCUAGUUGCCCCCCCCCCCCUGCUGUCUGCCCCAGUUGCCCAUAUAACAAUAUAAUACCACUAGUAAAUGAUUCUGUGGGUAAAACUCCCCAAUAAGAUUGUGCCCCCCCAUGAGAUCCGCAAACUGCUGAACUGCUGCCCAAAGUGACCACGAAUAAGAGUGCAAGCCCUGUUGCCAAGUGAUACGUUAUAGGGAACACAGCAGGUUAUAGUUGUACAGACCCCCCCGGGGACCCCCAUUAGUACAUGACGUUCCAGCAGAAUUCAGCCUGGUAUUUACUAACCUGCCCCCCCCUGUAUUUACGCUCUAAUCUGUCUCUUUCCCGUGACAGUUUGAUGAACAGUCGGUUUCCCUGUCAGAUCUCAUUAUCCUCAACCUUCACUUUCCAGUUAUUGAUCCCCAAGCAAAAUAUGGCAGCGUCUCCCCCCGACCGUCAAUCACCCCCCCCCCCAACCUUGGGAGGAAAUACCCACAGGGGGGGGCAUCUUCUCCUCCAUCUCCCACUCUGACAGGGGCGGGGGGGUCUCUCCCAUUCACAUUCAGCCACUCGGGGGUGGGGGCAGACACUUUAAAUAGAGCCCCCCAUAGUGAGAGUCCCAGCGAGAACCCAACAGAACUCGGCAGGGCCACAGAGGGAGGAGGAUGAAGGAAUCCGCUUGUCACACUGCUUGCACUCUAAUAUUGCUGCUGACGGCGUCUGUGAUCCCCCAGUCACUGAGUCUCCCCCAGAGUCACUUCCAGAGGAGAAACUGGACCCCCCAGGCCAUGUUGUACCUCAAAGGGGCACAGGGGCGGCGCUUCAUCUCCGACGAGAGUCAAAGGAAGGAUCUGUAUGAUCGACUGCAACUGGAGACACGAAGCCGCAACUCCAACCCCAUCACCAUCUCCGAGGCGGCCGCCAUGUUCCUCAGCUCCUUGCAGAAAGCCCAGGAGGAAGCAGAAGAUAACGGGGUGGAUCAGGGGGGGUACCUGCCGGACUCAUUAUUUAAUUGGUGAACAGAAGUGGGGGCCGCGCAAGUUCCCCCCAAUAUAUCCGCCCCUGCGGUUUCACUCAUCAAAGCACCGGCGCUCAAAUGUCCGUUUGUGUCAUCCUGAGAUUAUGCAAAUGAGCAAUUAAUUGCAGUGAUUUGUGGUUGAUUGUAACUCCUCCUCCUCUGUAAAUAUUAACCCUUUCCCCAGAAACUAUUGUAAAAAUGUGCUAAUUAUCUGCUACUGAAUGUGUAAAUAUUAAUAAUAACCCGUCGCUUUCACUUGCCCUUUA